AUGAGGCGAUUGACAAGCAUUGUUGGUAUGGACAGGAGGACCAAAAGCAAAGGUUGGUUCGAGAGAGGGGAGGGAGGGAGGGAGAGACAGAUAGAUCUAGGAGACGUUCAUGGGGGCACCGUCGCUACAAGGUCCAAAGCGAGCGCUUGUGAAAAGGCUCCAACGCUUGUAGAGGAACUCGACAAACAGGGAUCCAAGCGGCCAGAUCAAGUGGCAAUAAAAUUGACGACGCAAAAUGGGCAGUCAACCGACUUCCCAAGAGGCAAACGGGAAAGGGAACUCUGGACUGGCGAACAGAGGACAGAGGACAGAGACCCGUCCAGUGUCGACUUUUUAUCGAGCGCAGCCUCUCCCCGGAGCGAAUGGGAAGAUAGCCCGACCGUUGACCAGAUCUUAGGAGCAGCUCACAGAGCACAAUUGUUGGCGGAUGCCCACUCCACUCGCUGUCCUGGCGGAGGGCCGAGGGUAGAUGAAGAAUUCCAAGGUUGGAUGCCGGCCCAAAGACGGCGAAAAGAAGGGAAGACGCCCAAGCCCAAGGAGCAGCGAAAGGCCGCGCUUAGGCCGAAGUGGAAUUCGAUGAGAGUGACCGGCAGUGACCAGGCGGCCCACCAAAAUUUGGCUGCGGGAACAGGUCGUUACAGGUACCUUCUGGCAGGCUUGCCAAGUAGCACUGCAUGA